AUGGAAGCCAAAGGAGACACCCAGUGGAGCUCGAUCAUAGUUCCUUCUGUUCAAGAGAUGGUGAAGGAGAAGAUGAUCACUGUUCCUCCCAGGUAUGUUCGAUCUGAUCAAGACAAAAUUGAAGUCGCCGAUGAUUCUAGUCUGAUAACUGAGAUCCCAAUCAUCGACAUGGAGCGGUUGUCUUCUUCUAUCGCCAUCGACUCUGACUCUGAGCUUGUAAACCAUGGAAUAGACCCAAGUUUCUUGGACAGACUGAAGUCGGAGAUUCAAGAUUUCUUCAACCUUCCCAUGGAAGAAAAGAAAAAGUUUUGGCAGAACCCAAAUGAGAUGGAAGGUUUCGGACAAGCUUUUGUGCUUUCAGAAGAUCAGAAACUCGACUGGGCAGAUUUGUUCUUCGUUAUCGUGCAACCUGUUCAUUUACGCAAGCCUCACUUGUUCCCCAAGCUACCUCUUCCUUUUAGAGAUACAUUGGAGAUGUAUUCCGCUGAAGUGAAGAAUAUAGCUAAGAACUUGAUAGCCAAAAUGGCGAAAACCCUGCUGAUCAAAACAGAGGAAAUAGAAGAAACAUUUGGUGAUGAUAUGUUCCAGAGUAUGAGGAUGAAUUACUACCCGCCGUGUCCACAACCAGAUAAGGUUGUCGGUCUAACUCCGCAUUCUGAUGCGGUCGGACUCACCAUACUAUUGCAGGUGACUGAAGUUGAAGGUCUCCAAAUCAAGAAAGAUGGCACGUGGUUUUUUGUCAAACCUCUCCCAAAUGCUUUCAUUGUCAAUGUUGGAGACGUCUUGGAGAUCGUAACGAACGGGACAUACAGAAGCAUGGAGCAUCGCGCGGUGGUGAACGCGGAGAAAGAGAGGUUGUCUAUUGCGACGUUUCAUAAUCCUGGACUGAAUAAAGAAGUUGCUCCGGCGAAAAGCCUCGUUGAAAAGCAAAGAAAAGGUGCAAAUUUCAGAAGCCUGAAAACGAAAGACUACUUGAAAGGCUUGUUCUCCCGUGAACUCUACGGGAAAUCUUACCUCGAUGCUAUGAGAAUCUAA